CGGCCAAUGAGAGGCGGCGGUGCUGGGAGGUGCCGGCGUGUGAGGAGCGGCGCGGAGCGGAGCGACCGCGACCAUGCUGCGGCGCCAGGCCCGGGAGCGCCGCGAGUACCUGCAGCGCCGGGCCACGGAGCAGCAGCAGCAGCGGCAGCGGGAGCGCAGGGAGAGCCUGCGGCGGGCGCUCGACGAGAAUCGGCUGCUGCCCACAGAGCUGCGGCGUGAGGCGCUGGCCCUGCAGAAGGAGCUCGAGUUCGACUUCCAGGCACCGGGGGAGACAGGUGACAGCCAGGAUGACGAGUACAGGUGGGCGGGGGUGGAGCCCCCCAAGGUGAUGGUGACGACGUCACGGGACCCCAGCGCCCGCUUGAGGCUCUUUGCCAAGGAGCUGUGCCUGCUGCUGCCGGGGGCUCGCCGCAUGAACCGGGGCCGUGCCGAGCUGGGCGCUCUGGUGGGGGCGUGCCGGGCCGCGGGGGUCACCGACCUGCUGGUGCUGCACGAGACCCGCGGGCGGCCCGAUGGGCUGACCGUGUCCCACCUGCCCCACGGCCCCACCGCCCACUUCACCCUGAGCGGGGCCGUGCUGCGCCAGGAGGUCGGGGGGCUCGGGGGGGCCCCGCUGGCCGCCCCCCACCUGCUGCUGCUGCGUCUGGAUUCCACUCUGGGAAAAAGGGUCGGGACCAUUCUGAAGCACCUGUUCCCCGUUCCCCGUCCCGACAGCCGCCGCGUGGUGACCUUCGCCAACGAGGACGACGUCAUUUUAGUGCGGAACCACGUGUACCGGCGCCGGGGACGGACGGUGGAGCUGGAGGAGGUGGGACCCCGCUUCCAGCUGAGGCCCUACCUGAUCCGCCUGGGGACCCUGGAGCAGGGGGACGCGGCCGACGUGGAGUGGCGCUGGCACCCGUACACGGCCACGGCCCCCAAGCGCCGCCUGCUCAGCGCCACCUGAGCCCCCCAGGACCCCCCCGAGCACCUGGAGAGCCCCCCCAGGUGGGGCCCACCUGCACACCUGAGACCACCUCGGCAGCUGAGACCCCUCUGGACUCCCCCAGGCACGGCUGGGUCUCUCACAAUCAGUUUUUAUUUGUCAUAAUAAAUCGUUUUUGUCUA